AUGCGGACCGUUUACUUCAAGGUUAUUUUCUUCUUUUUCCUACUGAUUAUUGAUCAAAGUUUAGCAGCGGAUGAGGACGGGUUUUUCUAUAAUGACUUCAAAGCCGCAUUUCUUACUCGUGAUGGUGCAGCUCGCAUAGCGGACAAUGGUCUCUUGCGGUUAACUGAUCUCAGCGACAAGUAUCAGACAGGUCAUGCCUUUUAUGCCAGUCCACUAAAACUGAAGAAGGGUAGUGUAUCCUUCUCGACCACUUUUGUCUUCGCGAUUGCAUCUGAGCUUGGCGCCAAUAAAUUAAGCGGUCAAGGGAUGGCUUUCGUUAUUGCACCUCAAAGAGCACUGCCAGGAGCUUUACCAAACCAAUACCUCGGCUUAUUUAACGACACCAGCAAUGGACAGUCAUCAAACAAUGUUCUUGCGGUGGAGAUAGAUACUGUCUAUAAUAUAGAGUUCGACACCAUCCAGGGUCCGCAUGUUGGAAUUGAUGUUAACAGUUUAAAAUCUGUCAAUUCUACUGAUCCUGCAUACCACGUUAACGGGGAAUCCAAGCAGAUAAAUGUUAACAGCGGGGAACCAGUUCAAGUGUGGAUAGAGUAUGACGGGAUAGACAAGGCACUUACCGUAACAUUAGCUCCAGUUAACACGUUGAAGCCAGAUAUUCCACUCUUGACAUUGUCCAGAGAUCUCUCAACCAUUUUCUUAGAUGACAUGUACGUCGGGUUUUCAGCUUCUACCCAGACUGUACUGACAUAUCAUUACAUAUUAGGGUGGAGUUUCAAGAUUGAUGGUGCAGCUAAUGCGCUAAAUCUCUCAAGCCUUCCUAAGCUUCCUACUGAAUCUUCUAGUUCUCAGGACACCAAACCUAAUUUGGCAGCAGAUUCAGAUCAAGGGUUUACUUAUAAUGACUUUAAAUCCGCGUAUAUCACUCGCGAUGGUGCAGCUCGUGUAGCAGAAAAUGGCCUGUUGCGGCUGACUGAUGUCAGAGACAAGUAUGAGACAGGCCAUGUCUUUUAUUCUGGUCCACUGAAACUGAAGGGUAACGUAUCCUUCUCCACCACUUUUGUCUUUCAAUUGCAUCUGAGUUGGGCACCAAUAAAUUAA